UUUCGUCUUGUCUACUUAUCCAUUGUGCUUUUUCCCAAUGUUAGCAAUUUUGAAUGCUGGGAAAUCAAGCAGAACUACAUGAGAACAAAGACCUCUGGCCAGCUGUUUCUCAAAGGUAAGAGACCUGCUGAGAAUGUGGACAUAAUGGUACUUGAGACAGACUGCAGCUCCUAUGCUACGGUGGUUUUUAAAAGAGCAGGGAAAAUUACCAUGAAACUGUAUGGACGUUCCAGUGAAGUGCCUGAUAAUAUAGUGGAUAAAUUUGAGGAUCGUGCAAAGACAUUUAAUUUGGGAUUGGACGUCAUUUUCCAGUAUCCUGACUAUGGGUUCUGCGAGUCCACAGAUAAGGUCCUGGAUCUAACCUAAGACUGACUGGCCAUCAUCUUGUGAGCACUGUGAGAAAGCGUUGUGCUAAGAAUUGCACCAAUAAAGCUGUUUUGUCAUUUUAA